AUGGCGGUGGAUGGAUUGAGGACUGGUAAGUUUGGUUCUGUAGUGACGGAGAUGGUGAUUGGAUCGCUGACUGGUAGAUUUGGUUCUGUGGUGACGGAGAUGGCGAUGGAUGGAUUGAAGACUGGUAAGUUUGGUUCUGUGGUGACGGAGAUGGUUAUGAAUGGAUCGGUGACUGGUAGGUUUGGUUCUGUGAUGACAGAGAUGGCGAUGGAUGGACUGAAGACUGGUAAGUUUGGUUCUGUGGUGACGGAGAUGGUAAUGAAUGGAUCGGUGCCUGGUAGGUUUGGUUCUGUGGUGACGGAGAUGGCGAUGGAUGGAUUGAAGACUGGUAAGUUUGGUUCUGUUGUGACGGAGAUGGUAAUGAAUGGAUCGGUGACUGGUAGGUUUGGUUCUGUGGUGACGGAGAUGGCGAUGGAUGGAUUGAAGACUGGUAAGUUUGGUUCAGUGGUGACGGAGAUGGCGAUGGAUGGAUCAGAGAUUGAUAUUGAUGUGCUCGGUCAACCCGAUCUAUCAUCUGCUUUAAUCAUAGUAUGA